CCAAAAGAUCGAAUACUGUAAUGGCGAUUGCUAACACAGCAUUUUCUGCCAUGAAGAGGAGACGAGAAACACAGUCGAAAUAGGAAAUAGGAGAUUUGGUAUUAUAGAUAUAGAAAGAUAUUUGUGCCCGUCGUCGUCAUUAUCGAUGCAACCGACGCAAAAGUCGUUCCUACAGGACGAACUCGCCGCCGUAAUUUCGGCGGUGAUAGGCGGCGCCUCCUAUGGAAUCAAAAUACGACUGCCGCACGCCCUAGUCAUGACGUGCUUGUUUCGAAACGAUUUAACGCCAAGAGAGAAGAUCCGAACAAUUUUGAAGCUUGUCUUUGAACAUGCAUCUAACUUAGCGGCCUUUGCGACUAUCUACAAGGUUUUCUUGGCGGUCUUGAAGGGAUCGUCGCGGUGUUUGAGGCAAGGCGUAGGGCUUAACGAUUAUCCCAACAACCAACCACGGACGACUUCCAAUGCAAUCAAGUCGCUGGGAAGAACACUGAUCGCACUGAUCGUAGACGGACCCUUUUUUUCGACUGACACAUCUUCUGUUUGGGGGUCGUCCUCCAGCACUAGAAGAGCUGGAGAGCCGGAACGACCAUAUCAUUCGUUGCUGGCAGGUGCCGCCGGUGGUUAUAUCGUUUGGGGACGUUACUCCUCCGUCAACCACCAAAUUGUUUUGUAUCUGGCGAGUCGGAUCAUGGUAGGACUGGCCAAAAGGGGAUGGGAACUUGUCUAUAAAGAACCGGGGCACUUUCGAAAUGACAACAGAGGCAAGUCGAUACUACAGCACCCCCAAACAUAUCCUAUGGUAGCCGCCACGGUGUGGGGCAUCGUUAUGCUAUUGUUCGAAGAAAGUCCCCACGUUCUCCAUAGAUCGCUGAAGAAAAGCAUGGACGAAAUAUACCGCCGAGGCGUUUUUUGAUAGCACGUUCCGUUUACUGAAGUCUUCACAAAUUAUCUACAUGAAAGGUCGCUCUAGGUUUUUUGCACUUUGUUGCCGUUAGGUACUGUAUGUUUUACAAACAUUUUGAGUUCUGAAUUAUUACCAAUGCAAUAAAAAUGAAUCAUCGAAGGAAAUUAUUCACACUAGGUCUGGGAUUCUAACUAUUGGUUAGAGUUAUUCAAUACCUUGCAGUUCCAAAUGAAAUUCAACUGCCAUCUCGAAUGCAGUAUCCCGAGUUGUUACCAGAUCAUACUAAAGGAACAAUCCACUAAACCGUCGGGGUUUCCCAUUGUAAUAAAAAUCCCCCGAGUAAUCGGCAACUCUCGUCCAAUCAUCGACCGAUUCGAAUCCAUAUCGUGCCUUGAGUUCCGAAAAGGCAUCCGAGCCACUUGGACCCAGAUCUACACAAGCGACAUCACCAGCCUCUAGCGAUCGCUCAAUCAAACUGUAGACGCUGUGGAACCAAACAUAGUUCUUGGCAGCUUCGUCGGUGGCAUAAAACCAUUGGCCCCGUACCGUUGAGCCCUUUCGAACCUAUGGUGCGGAGAGCGCAAUGUUCCACCAAGGGUGUUCAAGGAAAAGUAAAAGGGUGAGAUUACUGCAUAUCGUGCGAAUCAAAGAGUGAAACCAGCUGUCAAUGGAAAGUCCUACACACCUCGUGCGCAAUGGCAAUGACCUUCCCCUCUUCCGACCGAUACUCCCUAAUAUCUCCCGUCAUCCGCGUGGUACCAACGUAGCGAGACACGCCCUCGGCGAGAGCAUCAAAAAAGGCGUCUUCUCCGUACAUGUUUCGCAACAAUCGAACCUCGUGUUCAAUCACGCAACGAAAAUGCGCCAGGGACGAGUGGGGUGCCGGUUCGUCGGCCAAAAUGUGUUUUGUCGUCACGGUAAAAUUCUGUGCCAACGCCUUUUUGAUGGUACGUUUGCAUCCCCGAGGAAGUGUCUUCACCCAAUCGUCGAUAGUGGUGAUGUUUUUCAAUUCGAGCAAGGCGUGGGGUCUCGUUUUCCACCGGCCGGUCCACUGGGCGGCUCCCAUUGCACCCAGCGAAUUCGAUUCCCGCUCUUCGAUCGAAAAGCGAUCACCAACGGUCUUUUCUUCGGGUGGCACGUCUUUCAGAGCGGCUUUGGCCAUUUGUACAGGUGGGGAAUCUUCCGGAAGGUUUCCAAAUAUUGCGGCAAUCGCUAGCAUCAGGUUGUUGUAUUCGUCUCUUCCGGCAAAAGCACGGGAAAGCCAUGCGAAAAGGGAGGUAAUCCUUUCGUCGUCAAGUUUCGAGUCCAAAUACACCGAAAGCUCCUGCUUCUCUGCAAAUAGCGGGGUUUGUCUUGGUCCCCAACUCGAUGAUGUACACAAAUUGUCAUAUUUCCCUCUGCUCAUCGAGACGGCAGAAUGGCUCCGGGUCAUAAAACAUAUUCCGGAGU